UAUUACAGUUUCAGUUUUGUGGUGAGCUAAUAUUUGAACGCAGGCAGUUUCGAAAUAACCAAAGAAAACAAAACAACGACAUUAAUUGAAAUGAUCCCGGUAAUUAGUUCUUAGUGUUUCUUGAGGGCUUUAAAUUGUCAUGUGAUCAGGGUGGUGGAGGAGGGGCUUCGUGGAACGCGGCUUCAUUGUGACGCAAUUAGAAGCUGCGCACGCAGGUCAGGUUUACAAACCCCCUCACGUGGCCGCGUUGACAAAAACAAAGUCCGCUCCCCUGUCACGUGACGGGCAGCGCCGCCGCAGAAGGAGCGGAAGCGUCCUGUUCGUUUAUUUUUAUAAGAGCAAUAAUCCAGAAAUCAUCGCCGAGGCAGUGACGUGACCGCGGGUUCCAGCACCCGGAGAGGUGAGCCCGCAGGCCGGCCGCCGGGAGGACUGGAGAGGCGCUGCUAUGGCUUCCCCCGCGGGCAGCGGGAAGGGGGUACCGGCGGGACUGACCCGAGCCCGGCCCCCGCUGCACUCUGCAGCCGCAGCCGCCUCCCCGAGGGCUCUGCUGGCGGCGGAGUCGGUGGACGAUGCGGAGGGGCUGUACGUAGCCGUGGAGCGGUGUCCCCUCUGCAACACAGCCCGCCGAAGACUCACCUGCGCCCGCUGCAUUCAGGCCGGGGACUUCGUGUACUUUGACGGGAGGGACCCCGAGAGGUAUGUGGAUAAAACUGAGAGGCUGAAGCUGCUGAAGAUGGAGAAGGAAGAGCUGCAGCAAAGAGUUAUAAAAGCAAUGGAUGGGAAGUUUAAAGUUGACCAGUUGAAGUGGAAGGUCAUGUCCUGUAGAAUGAGGAGUGAGCAGCUGAGAGAGGCCAUUUGCAGUGGAAAUGAAGAAGCGAAAUGCAACAGGGAACUGCUCGCCCGCUCUCAGGACGAUGCCCAGCGAUUGGCUCGGCGCGCUCAGCGGCACCAGGAGAAGAAGGAGAAGAUCGAGCGGCACAACCGGCGACUGGGUGAGCUGGUGGAGAAGCGCGGGCGAGAGGUGCAGGCCCGCCUGGCUCAACUGGCAACGGUGCGGUGCGAACACACCCUGGAGCUCACCGCACACAUCUUCAACACCCAGGAGGACAAGCAGGGCACCAGGGACCCUGCGGACCUGGCUGCGGAGAGUGACCUAGCGCUGACCUCCAGCACAGUCAGCGAGCUCGCCGAGGCGCGGCGCACCACAUACCUGUCCGGACGAUGGAUCUGGGAUGACCAGAACGGAGAGACCAGCAUCAGCAUAACUGGGCCUGAGACCUCCCUACCCAGCAACGGGGACUACUCUGCAUACUACACCUGGGUGAAGGAGAAGAGGAGCAGCCAGGGGCCAGAAAUGGAUUUCAUCAACCCCGCUCACACCAUCAGCGCUGCCCUGUGCUACGCGACUCAGCUCGUCAACAUCCUGUCACACAUACUGGAUGUCAACCUGCCCAAGAAGCUAUGCAACAGUGAGUUCUGUGGGGAGAAUCUGAGCCGAUACAGGUUUACCCGGUCAGUCAGCAAGCUCAACACCAACAUACUGCAUCUCUGCUUCUCCCAGCAUGUGGACCCAGAGCUGCUUCACCCUCUGCACACGCUGCGGAACAUCAUGUUCCUGGUGAGCCCUGACAACAAGAACCUGGGCAGGACCGGCCCCUUUGAUAUCAGCGCCGACCUGGAGGACUCGAUGGAGCUGGUGGAGCCGGAGGCCGCGGGGCCGGCAGAGGAGAGCGGGGAGGAGAUGGUGACAGAUGAGGAGACGGACCUGGGGACAGACUGGGAGACAGUACCCAGCCCACGUUUCUGUGACAUCCCCUCACAACCCAUGGAGCUGUCCCAGAGCAUGGCCAUGCAGGCCUCCCAGCCCAUUGGCAGCAGCUCCGCCGGGGGCAUGAUCUCCUCUGCAGCUGCCUCCGUCACCUCCUGGUUCAAGGCAUACACGGGCCAGCGCUGACAUUAGAGCAACACAAUAUCAGAGACAGGGGCCAGCGCUGACAUCACAGCAACACUAUCAGAGACAGGGGCCAGCGCUGACAUCACAGCAACACAAUAUCAGAGACACAGGCCAGCACUGACAUGACAAGGACUCUGCUGCACUAGGAUUAGUAAUGUGGGGUAGUGUUGACUUCACAGCCACCUGCAGUGGUCAGUGCAACAUUCUGUGGUUCAGGACAUGGUCACUCCUCUCCCUGGUUACAUGCACUUCUCCAGGCCCUUUUGUUUUUUGUAAUCUUUUAUGGCAACAUUGAGCAAUACGUGUACUGUAGCUACAGCCUAUUUAAAGUUUAAGGGUGCUGUCUCAUUUUAUUAUGUGCACUACUGGGAAAACAAUGCAGUAGUGAAGAGUUGAACCAAAUCCUGGACUGUUUGAGGUCUCUCAAGUUGCAGUGAAACGCACUAUACCGUGACAGAAAAGCGCUAUGGUGACACACACAACAGUGCUGAACUGCAGUGCUCCUACAGAGAGCCAUUUCCAAACCCUGGAACUGUUCAUAUCAGCUUUCCUGCAGCAGGACUCGCCUCGUUCUGUUCCCGAGUGCUCGCCCGUCCCUUUAAAAAAAUCAGUUACUAAUGCAAAUCAACUUUAAGCUGUCCAGUACAGUGGUGUUGAUAACAUUUUAUUAUCAUUGUUGUUGUAAAUGGUCUGGCAGCAAGUGCAUGGGGUCAUUGGAUCUACAUAUAAGAACUGAGCUGAGUGGAGAGGGCACGAACCCAAGUAUGCCUGCUUUCAAAACACUGUUAAACCUACACUGAAACCAAACUGAGUAUGGCACUGUUGCAUCUGUAACAAAGGGGCUGCAUUGUUGACCACAGCUGUUGGUAUGCGAAGAUGGGGAUGAAUGUUAAGGUUUCCUGUACAUUUGCAAAUAACUAAACAAAAACAACUACCAAAAAAAAAAAAAAAAAAAAAAAAAAAAAAAAAAAAAAAAGGCAUGAGUGAAUGUGUAGCAAAACCUUUUGGCACACUUUAUAAUGACUUUUCUUGUCACUAAAGCUAUUAUACAAGUAUUUUUAGUAGUGGCUAGGUACUUGAGGUCUGUGUUGUAUAACUUCCCUUGCACAUGUGUGAACACAGGGGUAGGGAUGUGCCAGUUCUUCAGAGAGCUCCUUCAGGUUGUGUAGUUCAAGCUCACUGCCAAUUAAUAAAAAGUGAAACAGCUGUUAAAAGCAAACAGAUUUUUCUGAACUGUCUGCUCGCUCUCUUUCUCUCCCCCUACCUUUGUUCUCAUUCAUCAUAACUCCAUCCACCUCUACUAGACAAAUGUUAAUGCAAGCUAGAGCAUGUUGAUUAACUAUGAUCGCAUUACUAUUGUAAAGUAAAAGAUGUAUAUCCUUGUUUUUUUUAAAAAUCCCUCUGGUUCUGCUAAGAGUUCUCUGUACAUCAUUGUUAAAAUGGCUUGUUCUCUAAUUCAAUUUUAUUUCCUAGUGUUAAAUGACAUAAGCUGUGAACAUUCAGGAAGAUGUGCAUUAAUUUAUUUUAAUACAGUACAGUUACAGACAGUUAUAUGAACCAUACAACACUAUACUGUGCUGUAAAUACCACACACAGAGGACUGAAGAGCACAUUCUGUGUGAGAAUGGUACACGGUUGUCACAUACCAGCAAUCGUGUACCGACACAUACACACGCGGGACACCUCUCUGACCUCUCAAUUAUCAGUGUGCGUAUGAGUGUUUACAAUCCCAAACACGUCACACCCCCAGCGUCAGGCUGCUGCGUCACCCCGUGCAACAGACAGGGGAAUUACUGUGAAAAGGCAUUUGGCAGGUGGAGACAAGAACUGAUGGACUGCUGCACCGCUGGCAGUGGGGGAAAAAGGCUUCUAUAACUGAUGCCUGUAAGUGUUACUGCAUGAACUGGUCAACGUGGCGAUCGCUCCUGGAGAGAGCUGCACUGCACAGACCAUUACAAGCACCAGGCUGCUGCACUGCCCCAGAGAUAACACCUCUCAAUACAUUUCAAUGGAGAGUAGCUCAAGAGGGUUAAACAUAUAAAUCAAAUCAAGUGAUUUGUGUAAAUUGCUACAGUAACUGAUUUAACAAACCCCUCCCACCCCAAAAAAAAGGAAUUAGUCACACAUUUUAAAGUAAAAGUAGGGCUUAAGACUGGUUUUGAAAAUAAAAAGUUAAGCUCAAGCUACACCCUGUGUAAACUCACGUGCUACAUUAUGAAAGUGUUCAAUAUAAACCUAUUAACCCUAUUCUACCCUCCCUCUCCCUGCCCCCUCACUGACAAGCUGGCAGAGAAGGUGAUGAACACAGUGGUUAACAAAUGAUGAAGAGCAGUAGCAGAAUGGCAGCUGUCGCCAUUUCAUUGUUACACAUUGCCACUGUAUUAGAAACAGCUCUUAUGUAAUUGAUACUUUGCCAUAAAAGCCUGAUUUUAAACCUCUCUUAAGCUGGUAUGUUGCGUUCUUUUCUAGGUUUGUUUAAAUGUAUAACACAUGCUUCCUGUAGUGUAGGGACUGACUCCAGCAUGCAAGCUGAACAAAACUGCUCGAAGACAGCUUUCUGUACCCUGUGCCUGUCUGCAGUGCAGCAGAAAUAAAGACAUGCCCAGUUACUGCACAAAAAACUAAAAGAGCACAAAACAAUCCUAUUGAUCUGAAUAAGAACGGUAUGGGCAGUGUAAACCAUGGUCCUCAAGAGGUAGCCUUCACGCAUGCAUGGAGAGAAGUAAACCAGUACGGCCUACAGCACAGUAUGCACAAUCAUUUGAAAUAAAAAUAAAAUAAAAUGUAAAGCAUUCUGAAAAGCACACCCUGAUAACGUUUCCACUAUAACCUCCCAUUAGUAGAAAACACUUAUUCAUUGUGUAAAGUGUAGUUUAACUGUACUGAGAAAAGGAGAGUGUAUAGUGCAUUAUAAAAGUAUAUAAAUGAAACAAAACCUUUUUUUACUUGCAAAGUUCUGGUGCAAGCAAACCUCUCCUCCCAGGCAAUACAGUUCUCACACCGUGAAACUCCCAGCUCAACAACAAAACCUCCCACAGGCAAAGCAAAGGCUCCAGAUCCACAGACAAUAGCUGACAAGGCAUAAGAAUGCACACUUUAUUGAAGUAAAACACGCCCUCGCAGGCAAAACAAGUAUUUUCUCAAUGUGUCAUUAUACAAUAAUGCUUUUAAAAUCCAUCUGCUUGCUUUAUUUCUUUGUGUUUUUCUUCCUUUGUUCAAGGCCCAAAUAAAAUUGUCCAUAAUAAUAACCUCCCCCCCCCCC